GACGGUUUUGUGACGUCUUGUUUUAAAAAACCGUUUUUGAAAAUCGAAAAUAUUUAGCUAUGUUAAAAUUUAAAGAUUAUUUUCUUCGUACCUAAUUUUAACUAUGGAAGAAAAUGUCACUGAUAAUGAUAAUGAAGUGUUUGUAAACGCCACAAUUGAUGGAGAUUCUCGGUCGGCGGUUAAUUCACUUAUUUUGGAUUACUAUCAAAAGUUUGGCAAGAAACGUGAUUUAGAACAGUUUUUUUCAUUGUCGACUGCUGAUAACGAUAUUCGUGACCCGUCUAGUUUAUUUUGGAGGAAGAUGAAAAUGCAGUCAGAUUCCUCUGACUCUGGUGAAGGUAAAGCUGGAACAUCUACAGAGUUGUGUAGGAUAUCAAUCAAAUGUUCUGUCCCAGAACACUCAAGUUCUCCGGAUGAUACUCCAAAGUCAAAAGAUGAUUCUACAUCACCUCCUAUAAUCAUUGAAGAAGCCACAUCUCCAUUACAGACAGACCACCACUCACCACCUCACUCAGAUAAUGAAUCGGUCAAAUCUGAUGAUAACAACUCUCAAAAAUCAAUUGAUCCACAAUUAGAAACCUCUGUUAACAAACCAUUCUCACCAACUAGUAGUAUAACAUCACAACGUAAGCUAGAAUGGGAUUCUUUAGGUGACGUUGGGUAUGGCAAUGAGAGUGACAGGAAGACAUCUGGAUCUGGACUUAGCACAUUAGAGAGACUGGCACUACAUCAACAAUACUCUAAUAAUGAUCCUAUGAAUGAUACAAAAUAUGGUCUGCCAACAUCACAAUCAACACCACUAGAGUCUAAUAUACCACAUAAAAGUAAAAAAGGAAAUGUAAAAAAAACUACGAAAAUAUAUAAAAAAGAUGUUGAUUUCGUAGAAGUAAAAGUUCCUAAUACAUCUGAAAGCACAGGAUCAAUUAAUGUUAAUUUGACAAAGCAUAUUUCUUUUAAUGUUGACAAAGAUGGUGAUGUAACAGUUCAAACAUCAAAAGAUAAUGAUUUGCCUGAAAAAAUUUCAGUGGUCACCGAAAUGACUCCUCAAGUGAGAAUAGAUAAAGAAAUACAAACAACUUUGCCACAUAAUAGCACUAAAAAAACAAUAAGUUUGUCUGAGAACCAACAAAAUGAGCAUAUAAAUGCACGUAGGUUACCAAUAUUACUCAGUUUAAACACAUUAAGAAAAAAGAAAAGAAGAAAGAAACUUACAAUAUAUAGAAAAAAAAUUAACAAUAGAAGCAAGAAAAAGAGUAAUUCAUCCAAUUUACAUGAGAAAAAUGGGGAACAAAUAUCUGCAGCUGAAAGCUUUGAAUAUAUGCCUGGUCAUAUAUAUAAUCAAAAUCAAGUAAAUAACAGCAAUAAAAAUUCAAAUAGCGUCGGGAAUAAAUCAAGUCUCGAAUCAAGUGUUGGCUUUACAACUGACUCCAGUAAGACAUCGAAAAAUUCAUUCACAAGAGAUUUAGAAAAAAGUAUAAAUCUACUCAAAGAGGCUUUACAAUCAAAAUAUAACAAUACAAAUAUAAAAGAAAAAUUAAUCAAAGAAGUAGUACAAAGAUUAAUAAAAUCUCAAUACAGUGAUGAUGACAGUGGUACAGUUUUUCUAUCAGGUUUGAGUUUCAAUAGUAAACAUUUGGGUCUUCAAAAAAGAAGUAAUAAUACCACAAGUAGCACAUCAGACGGUAAUGAAAUUGAUGGUAAACAUUUAAAGAAGCCAAAAAAAUCUAUUUUACGAGUCGACAAAUUUAACCCUAGCGGUAUGGCAUCUACAUCACAAAGUACUCCUAAUUUAUGUACUUUAACGCAAACUGAAAAAUCUAUUAAUGUUAUUAAAACACCGACAUUUUCCAACACAGAUUCAGAACUUUCUAGUAGAGAAAGAAAUUCAACUGAUACUAUUCCAAAGAUGUCUUCUGAAGAUUUAUAUAACAAAUAUUUAGAUGCAUUAAAAAGAGAACAGGUACAUAAAAAACUUCUUAAGAACAAAGAAACACUUUUGAAGAAAAAAUUGGUCUGUUCUGAUACAUGUAUCAAAGCAAUGUCUGAGCCACAUGAAAAAUCUUACGAUAGAUUAUAUAAAUUGGUUAAAGAUUUAGCUCAAAAUAAUGUAGGUGAUGGUUCAGGAGAUGCAACUAAAAUUGAUAUCGGUUCCAAUUCUGUUGAUCAAAAAAAUAAUAUUAAAUCACAAAGAAAUCAUUCUGUUUUUACUCUUUCAUCGGGUAAAACAGUUCGACAGUCGAAGCAUGUUAAAAAAUAUCAGAGAGAUAUUAGAGAUGCUCCAGAGGCUGGUUGCAGUAGAAUAAAUAAUAAUAAUUGUUGUAACUCACAACAUUUUCACAAUACUAACUGUGGAUGUAAAAAAUAUGAAAAUGAGAAAAUUUCAGAUAGGGAUACCUAUUAUGGGAGCCAUAAAGAUGACAAAAAUAACUUAACUUCAACUAAACAAUCAACAAGAUCAACAGACACUGUAGUAACACAAAAUAAGGCAGAUGUACAAUACGUUUGUUUAUGUGCCAAAGAAGCAAUGGAUACUCAAGAUGUACCUGAUAAGUUGCUUAUUUAUAAGUGCUCAAGAUUAGGUGGUCCACAGAAAUUGGGUUUAGAUGUAUUGUCUAAAGCAUCAAGUUCUGUAGGCAUACAAUGCUCAACUGAUUGUGUUUGUCCUAAAAAACUUAAAAAUACAACUACGACCACAAAUUCUUUAGACCAAAGUAAUAAUAAUACAGGAUUACAUAUAAUACAGAGUUCCACUACUGUGAUCAACUCUGCAAGGAAAGCAUCAAAUUCCUCUCAGACUUAUAGUAACAUAGAUGUACUCUUACGAUCUCAGUUUAGUGAUACCACCAAUACUUGUACUGAAAAACGUGCCUCUGAAUAUAUGAAACAUAAAAAUUUACCACCAUACAAACAAGGAGGACAUAAAAAUGCAAAAUUAUUACCAAUCACACGAGCAACACAAACAGAAAUUAGCAUCGAUCCAAAGAUAUCGGAUCCCACAUUAUCUGAUGUUCGUUUUAUGAGCGAUUUUGAAUUUGUUAAAGUAGAUAAACAAGAAAGAGGUGGAAGUGAAACAAAGAGUAUUCCAAAAACAUUCUGCUAUACUAAGCAUAUUGAAAAUGAUGAGGAAACUUUUCAUAGUAUUUAUGGAAGUCAAACAGAAACAAUGGAUGAUCGUAACGAAAUGGGUACUGUGAAAAGUUCCGAGGAUAUCUAUACAAAUACGGAAAGAAAUCAUGAUUGUGAUAAACCUAAUUUGGGAGACACUAAAUAUAAUGAAGAUAAAUUUUCUAUUCCUAUUAAAGGAACAAAUAUGACCUUAGUAGUUAGUCUAGGCGCGAAUACACCAAAUAUCGAUAGAACAAAUAUAGGCACAAAAGAAAAUUCUCUAAAUAAUAAUCAAAACAAAAUUUCAACUAAGAAAACUUCAAUGGAGGAAGAUUCGAGAGGUGUGCAGUGCACCAGUACUGAUAUUUUCACACAAAUGAGUAAUGAAACUCAAUGUUUUAAAGAAAGAGACAUGUGUUUACGCAAUCAACCUAAUCCUAGUACAUGUGCUAAUGAUAUUAAAAAACUUACAUAUGACAAAGUAUGUCCAGUAAACAAAUGUGUCAACGAAAAUAGCACAAAGUAUAGUACAUAUCCAACAAAAUCACAAAACGUAAAAAAACCUUUUGUUAGAGCAAACACAGAUACUCAUUCUAUACAAAGCUUUGUUACAAAUAUUCAAAUGAAUAAAAAAGUAGAUGUUGAAACACAAAAAGACCUUAGUUGUGAUGUGCAACAAAAAACCACUACUGGAUUUGUGAAACCUAAAACAUCAAAUGAGAAUGUUGCAUAUAAAAGUUGUAAAUCAAAUUUAGUAUCUGAGCAAAAUUUCACAAAAAAGUCAAGCAAUGAAAGCAAAUCUGACGUAGAACAUGGAGCAUCUAAGGAUCCCAUAUUAAAUAUGAUCCAAGACAUAACAAAACGUUAUACAAAAAAAGAUAUGGAAAAGGGCAAAAGGAAAAAGUGUUUCAAGGAAAUAAUAACAGUAUUAAAUUACUUGCUAGAUACUGACGAAAGUAGCUCAGUUGACCCAAAAAAGAGUUGUUUAUCAAGUUCCAAUACUGACGGCGCUUCAACUGUAGACCAAAUGCAGCGGCAAAACGACUCUGAAUUUACGAUUAAAAAAUCUUAUGUCGACAAAGGAGUACAAAUGUCUAUAAAGAAAAAUAAAAAAGAAAAAUCAUGUACAGAAUCAUCAGACUUUCCCACGUCCAGUGAGAUGCCUACAACUUCAACAGAUUCUGCAGCUUGUAAAGUAUUACACAAAAUUAAAAAGGAAUGCGAGAGAUAUCAUCAUAAACGGUGCAGCUCACACAGCACACAAAAGAAACGUGACGAGUACAGCAGUACUACGGUUAAUUGUGAAAAUUGUAAUAGAGAACAUUACUGUUCAUGCCGAUCCAAAUGUAAAUCCCAUAAACCUAGAUCGAGCGUUGAUAAAGUAAAAAAGAAGGCUGUAGCUUACAAUUUAAUAAUACAAACAUCUGAUAGUGUUGCCAGUGAAGAAACUAUGUGUGAUGAGGGUUGCCGAACUAUAAAAAAUGUUAUUGUUAAAGUACCUUCAAAAUUCAAAGGUUCUAAUGCACCUUUCCAAGAAGUCGCUUCGAAGAUUGAAAAGAAUUUGCCACAGUGCAGUCGAUUUGAAAACAAGAUACAUCGAUCUAAGAGUUUGCCAAUUGACAGUGAGAUGUCUAGUGAAGACUUUAGCAAAAAAAUGCGAACUUGCACAGUAAGAGAUUAUUUGGAAAUGAAUCGACCAGAUUUCAUAGACAAAACUACAAGGCGACAAGAUUGCUUGAAGAUAAUUAAUCAAACAAGGUCAAAUGAACGUUCUGCCAGCCGCAAACUGCUGUCACAGCAAUUGGAACGGCAACAAACAAUAAGUGCUCUGAGUGGUGACGACUUACAACAUUUUGCAAGGCAACUGAGCAGCCAACUUCGGCGCAAGAAUGUUGCUCCAAAAUUUAUCAAUGAACGUGAAAUGAAAAAGCAUUCCGAGAAAAUUUACAAGUCUUUACCUGAAGUUGUACAAAAGAAAGAAGAUUUAAAGAAGGAUAAUAAUAAAAAGACAAAUUUAUUGAUGGCGAAUAUUUUUAAAAAGGUAAUAAGUCAUCCAAGUAGUUGGUUUUUUAACCCUUUUAGUGCCAUGGAACGCCGUCACGCUGCUAUCAUUAGUUCCGAAAAAUGCCAUCGUCGCGACAGCGCCCCUUUCGACAGUUCACUUCUAAAGAGAACGUUGAAAAAAUUAUGAAUAUUGAAGUAUGUAACGGAAAUGGUUAACAUUUCUCUUGUUCAUAUAAAUUAUCUAUAAAAAUGCACUUUUUGACUGACAUUUAUCGCAUACAGUAGUAAAAUAUAUAUGGCACUAAAAGGGUUGAAGGUUCGCAAUACUAAUACAUAUUAUUUUCGUUUCAGAACCUUCAAAAAAAGGUGCUCAGAGGAUCUAUUAAUCUCUCAAAUUAUAGCACAGUUGUUAAAAUAUGACAAAGUAGUAAAAGUAUUAUAAUAA